CAAGUAUCUUCAUACUGCUCCUGUGGCUUCCUGUUCUGCCACUAGUCAUCCUUGUCGGCAUGUUUACAUUUCCCCUUGACUGAGGUCUCUUUAUCAGGCAAUGGGCUUGUUCUGCAUCUAGUAUAAAGUAACCAAGCCCAGGUUUCGCACACACAUACUGCACACAUGCAGCGUGCUCAGGAUGACACAGACAAGUGCAGUAUUGAGCAUUUUUGCCCUGCUUCUUCACACCACUUUUGGGGAAAGUGGUUGCACUUCAGCAGAUGGUGAUGGGACUUUCGGAGAUGAUGAACCAGACAAUUUAGACAUUGAAUGCUUCAGCCAACUGGAAUUUAAGGAUUCCUAUAGCAGCCUGACCUGCAAUUUUACCGAGCUGCCUCCUCACAACACUAACUAUACCCUGGCCCUGUGUACCAAAGAAGACAGCAAUUACGUGUGCCUCAACAUGGAGAAACAAGAAGAUGUGUAUUUCUUACAAUUCACUGAUAUACUCUCAAAUAAAUACAUUUGCAUGGACUCUGAAAUGAAGAGAAGGGUCUGCAGGAGUCUGGUGGUAACUGACAUUGUUAAGCCUGAAGUACCAUUCAAUGUAAAUAUCACGUACCAAAAGGAGGCAAAUGAGUAUCUUAUUCAUUAUAGUACACCACACUCACGGAAGAAAUACUUAAGUGACAAAUUAAUACACCAAAUAGCCUAUCGUCAGGAAAAAGGUACUUGGCAGACAAUAGAGUCACCAUACCUUCAGGUAAAAUUACUGGGGAAAAACCUUGAAAAUGAUGCAUCAUAUGAGGUGAAAGUACGAUCGCAGCCCAACAGAGACUACUUUAAGGGAAUGUGGAGCGAAUGGAGCACUUUGAAGAGCUUCAGAACCACGAGGGAGCAACGCUCAACAGGGACUUACAGCAGUGUGGUUGUGGUUAUAGUUUCCAUCCUGGGAUUCAUGCUGUCCGUUGUCAUGAUUGUCCUGACCGUAACUUUUUGGGAAAACAGGAUCAAGCCUGCUGUGUGGCCAAACCUUCCAGAUCAUAAAAAAACGUUGGAGCAGCUAUGCAAGAAGCCAAAAAAUAAUUUUGAUAUAAGCUUUAACCCAGAAAGCUUUGGUUACGUUCAUAUCCAUAAAGUGGAUGGCAUUCGAGCAAAAGCUGAACUGGAAAAUUUUCUGCAGUCACCAACUGCUUCAGAGACAAACCUUCCAGAAAAAUUUAGGAACAGAUCAGACCUGAAGAUGAUCCCUGCAAUGACAGACAAAAGCAACUUAAGCCUGUCUGUGACUUACGGAGAAAUCUGGCCAGCUGAAGCCCUGCACAGACUCCUGGAUACAAGACAGUUUGCAGCCACUGAAGGAGAUGGUGACUCCAGCAGAUACGAGGUGUGCCACAGCAGCAGGAUGCCCCUGUGCCAUGAUGAUUUCAACCUUUCCUCUGCUCCUCCCCCACAUCCUUCCAGCCAGCCUGGACCACAGCCCCUACAUGGUGACACCAGUGACACCAUGUCCCAGAUGCUGCCUAACAGUGAAAUGAGGCCAUCAAACAACGAAGAAGCCUAUGUCACAAUGUCUACCUUCUACAGAGUUCAGUAAACCUUACAGGAAUGACAGCAUAUCUCUUUUCUCUAACACAAGCAGAGCACUGAAGCUUUCUGUUUUGUUUUCCUGCAUCCUGUGAGUUCCGACCUCUGCAAUGCACUGCUUGCAGUGCUUCACGGUACCUGCAAGGAAAUUGGUUCUCCCACAUUUCAGUGAUAAGUGGCCCAACUUCAGCUCUCAGUAUGCCAUUAACAAUCUCCACUGAGCAGAAAUUAAAUU